AUGGCAACCGCCACCGACAAGUUCCCGCGAUGCUACGAUUUUGACGCCGCAGAAGACAGAUUGGAGUGGCUCACGUCGUCUCGCAAGGCGAUUGCCGCUGACUCUACCCUUGGAGCAUUUCUCCAGACCAGGGUUGCCGUAGUAGACUAUCAAAACGGACGCGCUCGCAUCGCUUCCGACAUUUUGUCUUCCACGGAGCUCGUACUAGAGGUCAGCGGCGUCGUACUUGACACGGACCUCCCACCAGUGCAACGGCAGCUAUCGGAGAACAAAGCACGCUUCGUUCGCCAAGGGCUCACCAUCGCCGGUUUUGACACGGAUGCAUUCACGGACGCCGUGCGCGACGUCGAAAGCAUUCGCCAGCUUUUCGAACGCAGCGUCGGCGGAUCUGUUCAGAAGAGCGACCAGAUCGGUACUGACCUUGGUCCCGCUCUUUGCGCAAGCAUGCGCUACUUUUCGCACAGGAAAGACGUAGAGGGAAAGGAUAUCAUUCCCUUUAGCAAGGACAUCGACCCCUAUAACCACCUGCAGGCCCUCACGUCGGACACCUUCGUGCAUUCUCGUCAGAAUGUCGUUCAGUACUUCGAGUACGAUACGGACGCGAAUACCGGGACCGGCAGAUACACCUCUUGCUCUCCCACCGCCAUCAAAAUCGGCGACCUCGUCACUUGCAAGUUAUCGUUCGUUCUUGUGCCGAUGCCGAGGUCAGGCAAGCACGCUUGGAAGAUGCUUAACGUCCUGAAGGCAGUGGCUCUCAUGGACUCGUCACUGACUAGGGAGGCAGGGACGACGGCGACCCUAGAGGACUUUCAAGUGAAGGAUGACAAGCCUCCUCCCCUCAAGCGCGCGGAUUUAAUCAGGAGUUUUCGAAGCGUGCUGACUUUGGAGGACGCUCGGGCACAUGAAGAUGCUUUGGCGACGGGAGUCGACGCCACUGCAGUAGCCGCGACAACAAACCGCCUUCGAGACGCCCUCGAAGACUGCAACGCAGAACGACAACGCCUCAGAUGUAUCGAUCUCGCUCUUCGCAAACGACUCGCCGCUAUUGCCGCAUCACUCUCUUCCAUUCAGCGCCUGCCCGAUGACAUCUUGCGACUGGUAUUCAAGUGCAUACAGACCACAUUCAAAAACCCUUAUCACUGCGUCGACUACUUUGCUCUCACCAUUUGCGCGGUAUCUCGCCGAUGGCGCGCCGUAGCUCGAUCGACUGCAACCCUUUGGACACAUCUCUCUCUUAGAAGGGCGCGAGUGGUGACCGUCCGGGGCAUACCGAGACGCACGACGCCCUGGGACCACCUGCCGGUCCUUGCAGCUCUUUGCGCUUCGGCACCGAUCAACAUCCGCUGGAACUGGGACUUCGACGUGGCUCCUUUGGUCGUGAUUAGCGCUCAGCUGCCGAACAUCAUUCAAACGCUGGAGCUCACCGCGCAGUGGGAGUCUCUCGCCUACCUGAAGUCGGGCGUGUUUCUUUCGCUCACGCGCCUCGAUCUCACUCUAUGCGGCGGACUCUACCGGUUCAUGCUCGACCACGUUAAUAGCUUGUCUCACCUCGCGCACCUGCGUGUGUCCUACAACGACGUUGGCCCUUUCGGUCCAUGCAAGCCCUCCGCCCCGACGUUGCCCAACCUCCGCGAACUUUCUAUGCAGCUGAUCCCUGGACCACCUUUCUCAUUCAUCAGCGCGACUCUGCGCGGCUGCUCGAAUAUAUCCUCCCUUGAGCUACGCUGUACAUUCGCGAAUCGUGCUCCUGGAGACGGCCUUUCGAUUCACCUCAAGAGCUUAACUUCUCUCGUCCUGGCAGACUCUGCUUGCUGUCUUCUCCGUACAAUAAUCGCACCCGGAGCGGAGAGUCUCUCGCUGUCUGUUGUCGACAACAACGACGUACAUGGCUCGCUGUUCGCGGCGAUCUCCGACUUCGUGACGACGUCGGCUUGCGCUCUGUCGACCCUGGCAUUCUCGCGCGUGUGGUGCACCGUUUACCCUGACGAUAUGGAUCGUUGCUUAGAGCGCAUGCCCGCUAUCAGCAACCUUCACGUUCACGACAGCUGGGACGCUUGCGCCGCAGGAUCAUUUGGAGAAGUGGUGGUGCAGCGCUUGACGCGGCAUGAUAGUCUCGUGUUGCCGAACCUGCUCAACGCUGACCUUCGGGGACCGUGCCACCACUAUCGGGCUCGCGUCGCAUCUGCCAUCACGGCGCUUUGGGUUUCUAGGACAGGAGAGAGAGCCAAAAGUGGGGGGGUGGUGGCAAUGAAGGAAUUCUACAGUGACAUCGCUGGAAUCGACAUAUAA